AUGAGACAUCGCGAGAAGAAAAAUACCAGGUCAGGUACGUUACCGGAUGUGUACAUCAGGCACACGGAGAAGAAAUUUGUGAAUGCCAAAGUGUGCUGUGACUGCUGUCCGACCACAAGAGUCUCCUAUCUGACUGCACCUAUGUCUGUUGUCCCACCUGUCUGUGAAUGCAGGAGGCAACAAGUAGUUCGGGAGGCACCAAUGAUAGCUGAUUUCAAAACAAGGUGGCCUGCUCUCUUCCAUGUGCAUGAGGUGUGUGUGGAACUCAAGAGAAUCAAAACAAUCCAUUUAGAGUUAACGUUCUUCUCUGAGCUGGAUGCUCACUCUGCAGACCUAAUCCAGUUGUUUGCUAAGACAGGCAGAGUUCAAGGGAGGCGGAUCAGAAGCAUCAUGGUAGCUAUGACUGAGACUGAUGAAGAUCCAGAGAAGCUGGUGAAAGAAUACCUGAGCGAUGAUAAAAGGAGUCUGGAGGCUAUGGCAGAGACGGUCUUUGGAGUCUUUGUCAUUCGACACCACGGUGCAGGGCCCAGUGAGAACCCAGAGGAUGUCAGAAUUCUUCUGGAGGGUGUAAAGGUGUUGCAUGAGUUGAGGUAUGUGCCUUUUGCAGUGGCAGUGUUGCUUGCGCUCGUGUAUGCUCUAAACCGUAGCUACCCCAGAGAGCUAAAAUACACCUUUGAAGCUCUGCAGAAGAUCAAGUACAUGACUGAGCUCAUCCUCACCUUAGGAAAAACACCUUGUGACUAAAAAUCAGUUAAACUCUUGUUCGAUCAAAACAUAAGUGAAGUUAAAAUACUCAGACUGCAAGAAGGUUUUUUCAAGGAUUCUCUAAAGUAAAAAAAAAAAUGUCUUCCACAAUAUUUUAGAUUUACCACUGUUUGCUUUUAUGUCAAAUGUCCCUAACUGUGAAAUGUUUUUGUUGGCACUUUAAAUUUUUUUUAAUCAUUUAAGCAGUGUUUUGUUUAUAAUGUUCAAGUCUUGACAUUGAGCAGGCUGUAGAAUUCAUUGAACCUCAGUUUCUGAUGUUAUGUUCACUGUUACAUUCUAAAUAUGUUGUACUGAUGUUGAAGUGGAAUGUGAAAUGUUUCAAGGGAAAUGUGAGUCUAAUGCUGGCCUUACACUGUAAGGUUCUCGUCAAAUUUAUGCCCUGGCCCCGCCCAACAAUCGGCAGAAAAAUCUGGUCUGCGACAUUGUCAGUCUUGAUUGAGUGUGGUACAGAUUAAUUGUAAGCCUUGAUCGGCUCAUAUAGGGUCGGGGGGUUCCCCGAUAAUGUAAAACAAUUUCGAAAUUUGUUGAAUCAGACUUCUCCAAAACUUUCCAUCUCUAAACCAUUCCCUUGGCCGCGAUAAUUCUAAUGGAAUCCUGUCAUAUGUGAUGGCUACUAGACAGUGCCCCAUUUCUUAACAGCACUUUAAUGUUCACUAAAUCACUCUACUUUUGUAAAUUUGCUUCUUUAUUUUGUUAAUACUAAGAUCCAUUUGGUGUGUGUGUGAAUAUUAGGAUCCAUUCUGUUUGGAUUUGGUGUGUAUGUGUGAAUAUUAAGAUCCAUUCUGUUUGGACUUGCAAUGUGCUGUUUUUUCAAUUUCUCAAAAAUGGGAGUCUAUUUUUUAUAUUUACAAGCACCUGAAAGUGUUAACAUUAUCUUACUUUUUGCACUUUGAAUAAUAAGGGAAGCAAUGUGUUGAUAUUAAGAGAAAGUAUUUUUUUUAAUGUUGUUUACAAGCACCUGAAAGUGUUGAACUUUGUGUUUUUUAAGAAAUACAAUUUGAUUGCCUCAUC